GAACUAUUUAUGUAGAUAUGGAAUAUGGUUAUGAAAAUUGUGUUUACUUCAAAGUGUUUGUGUUUACUACUUGUUUUUAUUAAUUUAAUAUAAUGUUAAUAGUCUUUUUAAUAUACCAAUAAACCAUGUCUAGCGAAUGAAUACACAUGAAUAAUCGUAAACAGUGUUUGACAACAUAGCCAUGGAUUUGAGUGAAGCGAGAAGAAUUCUAGACUCGGUCCUAGGAGACGAAGUAAGAACACAGUACUUCUCAUGCCUGCGGCAAUGGUGCUUAUUUUCAUCAACACUCACUUUGGAGCAAUUAGAUGCAGCAGUUCGAAAAAUACUUACGAAUAAGGAACAAUACAAAUGCCAUAAGAACUAUAUAUUGGCUCUUCAAGUCAAAACCGGCCUAAAUAUGUAUAAUGGAAAACAUAGUAAGCCGGUGGACAAUAAAAACUCCUUUGAAAUGGCCGAUUUUAAUGAUUAUGUUCCGCCGUUAAGUUAUGCUGCUGCUUCAUCUUCUACAAGGUAUAGAUCAGCGGCGGCCGAGCUUUUUACUCCCGAUAGUGAGUUUGUUAUGUGCCGAACAGAAAUAGCUGCAUGGAAAAAUGGACUGGAAGGUCCCGGUAAUGAUGUCAAUGAAGUUAUUGCCUUUGCAUGUAAGGUGUUCCUUAAGAAUAUUAUAACAGCUAUGAUUACUAAAGCAAAGAGCUACAAAGUAAGAGAUGGCAAGUUCCAGUAUGGUUUUAAUAUGCCGAUACCAGAUCCAUUUUUGAGGAAUUCGAGACAUAUAUUUGAUGAAUCUUUGGAAUCAAAAGUUGAUACUGACGAGGGUGUAUUAUUUCCAACGCCAAGAAUAUCUUUUGAAAGAGCAGAACAAGAAGUAGCUUAUGCUUAUGGAGCAGCAAGAAACGUUAGAACUGGAGUUACAUUAAACAAGAAAUUGUUAUUUAAAACUAUAGUGGAUAAUCCUCAAUUGCUAGGUGUUCAUAGUAUACACAGUGUAAAUGUAUUGAAACUAGGUUUGGAUUUUGAUGAUAAUGAAGAAAAGGAUCUGUUGAGCGAUGAGGAGUCUGAUUAAUUAAUCAAGAAUUUAGUUAAGGAUUUUGUAUUUAUAUUUAGAGACCAGAGCUGUGACUUUAUUUUUUUAAUGUAAUAAAAACCAUUUUCUAUA